AUGUCUUGUCCCAAGCGGUGUUUCAUUUCAGACUUGUACUCUGGAUCCAUCAUUGCAAACUCCAGGGCUAGUUUAGUGCGGAUCUUGGCUACAGUUUUGUCGAUUGAACCGAUCUCCUCCCAAAGUCAUUGCGUGGCAUUUCCAGGGAGGAAGUCUCAGCACGUCGAGUUCAUCAUGCUUCAACUUGACGACGGCACGGCGAGUAUUGGGUUUUGGACUCCUCGUAGCAUGGUAAAGAAGCUGUCUGUGCAUCCUGGGGACGUAGUGGAAUGUGUUGCAAAGCUUUGCCAGAAUGGAGAGAUAAAGAGAUUCUACACAGAGGCGCUAUCUUCUAUAGAGGACCCAGAAAUGGAACAUCUUAGAUGGGCCGAGUUGACGAACACGUCAUCGAAAAGCUCGCGUAGAUUUGGAUAUCCCACGCUGGAAUGGAAUGCAGAGGAAGUAUAUCGAAUGAUUUGCCUUCAAUCUCGAGGAGGAAAUGGGGUGAUGAUGGAGGACUUAGCCCUCGUCAUGCGAAAGACAAAAAAGGAUAUGCAAGCGAUAAUUUCGCGAUUGCAAUUAGAUGGUCUCAUAUAUCAUAACGAAGACGAAAAAUAUGUACCGCUAUGA